UAAAAGAAAUUUCAAGGAAGCCUCCAAACUAGCCUCCAUUCCAUCCAAUAAAAACCUUCUUCUAUGUGAUCUCUGUAAUUUUUCUUUGAUCACCAUCCUCAUUGCUAAAAGUACCUCAAACCCACAAAAACUCUUGAUCUUGAGCACCCAAAGACUCCAUCUUUACAAUCUCUAACACAAAAAGUCUCAAUCUUUUCCAAAAAGAACACUAAACAUGAUUCAGCUUUUGUUUGCGGUGAUAUUUUCAGAGAUGGCAAUGAUAUUAUUAUUUGUUUUCAAGUCCCCAUUAAGGAAGUUUCUGAUAAUGAGCUUGGAUCGACUCAAAAGAGGGCGUGGACCAGUCAUGGUUAAGACAGUUGCAGGGACAGUGUUUUUGGUUUUAAUCUCAAGUGUUUAUAGUAUGGUGAAGAUCCAGAAACGUGGGAUCGAUGUUGGUGGUGUUGUUAAUCCUACAGACCAGGUUCUUAUGUCUAAACAUCUUCUUGAGGCUACUCUUAUGGGUUCCAUCCUUUUCCUUUCACUAGUGAUAGACCGCCUGCACCAUUACAUCAGAGAGCUUCGUAUGCGGAGGAAGAGCAUGGAGGCUGUAAAGAAACAAAAUCGAAGUUUUGAGGAUGGGAAGGUUGAGGAGACCAAAGCUUUAGAAACAGAGGUGUCCACACUGCAAGAAAAACUUAAACAGCUGCAAUCUGAGCUGGAAGUCAAGUCAAAGGAGGUAAAUACAUCAGAAGCCAAUGCAGCUGCUCUAAGUAAGCAAUCUGAAGGGUUCCUUCUUGAGUAUGAUCGCUUGCUUGAAGAAAACCAGAACCUACGGAGCCAGUUGCAAUCUAUGGACUUGGGACUUUCACGAUCAACCAGCAAGAAGAAUACCUGAGAAACUGAGCCCCACUUGUUAAAUAGUCUUUUUAUCCUCCUCAUAGUUGUUUUUUUUUUUCAUAGUAUCACUGGGGAUUUUCACGAUGGGAUUGUUGGUUAGGGUUUAAUUGACAUCUAUGCAUUGCUGUAAGUGUGGAGAAAAAGACAAGCUGAAACGCACAGAAAAGGAAAGUAAAAUUAGGGUUAUCAUUUUGUGUUCACUACAAGUGAAAUGUAGAGCUUAACGCUGAAAAAUAAUGGAUAUCUUUUGUCAGCAUAAAUUCUGAUAUGUUGUUUUCUUAA